GAAUGUUUUGUGGUUUUAAUUUUGUAUUGAGUGAUUAUUUGAUUAUUGAUUAGCUCUGGUUCUGUUGUUUUUCUGUUCUGCUAUUCUCCGUCAGUAGGUGGAUUACUUUGUUUUUCUAUUUUUCUGUUUUUGUCUGGUAAAUUAGAGAAGGAUAGUGCAUGUUGGGUUUCUUUUUGUUCACUGCUUGGAAUUUCGUUGCUGAGAAUUGUUCAUGUCUAAUGAUGUGUCUUCUGAUAAUAUGUAAGUCUGUUUCAGGUGGUUAAUUAUUAUAUGUUUUCUUUCUGUUAAUUUUUAGUCCCUUCCUCCUCAACCCUCCCGACCAGAAACCCCUUCACCUUUCAAAUUUGUUAUUUUUGUCCCUGCCUGUAGAAAGCUAUUGUAGAAGAGAUUCAGCUUGAUUCCUUUGUAGGAUUUAUUGGGUUCCUUUACCAAAAAGUUUUAAUAGAUUGUAUUAGUAACUAAUACCAUUAUUUAAUGAAGUGAUAUAUACUUGAUCACUACUAAACUGGUCCAGCAAGGGGGAUUAUUCUCAUAUCUUGAAGGUGAUUUUUCCAUUAUCAUUAUGGGGGAUUUUUGUGGCAUGUAUGAUUCCCUUACUUGCAAGAAACUGUUACUGUCAUAUUCCCUUUCAAUGCUGUUGCCAGUCCUGAAUGCUCAACAUUAGUGGUUGCUGGGAGGAAUGGGAAUAAGAGUACCUAUUCAGAAGACUGGCUUGCAAUAAUGAUUUGCUAAACUGUGUGACUUUUCUGUAUUAGUCUAGCUACAUUGAGAAGCAUUAUGUUGUACUAUAAAUUUUUGGAUUGGUUUCAACUUUCAAGUUUUCUCCAAUAGGAUUUAUUUGAGUGAAUUACAUGAUGCUACACAUCCUGAUGUCAAUUUUAGCAGUUUUUGAUGGCUGUAAGUAGUCUAGGGUUGUAAAGCACCACUUUGAUAUUAACUUUUAUCUUAAUCACUCCUGUUCAGGCUUCUCUGUGUAGCAGAAUAUGAUUAUCUUAUUUAUUUAUCUUUUGAAUACAGGUGUGAUUUUGGACUUUUCAAGUUUAAUUUGGAAUUAAGAGAGCAUUGUGUAUUCCAGGAUUUGUGUUAAGGCAAUGUAGUGGGGAACAGUGGAGCUUUUUCUUAAAUUUCGAUUAGUAACAAACUGAAUGACAAAUUGAUAAUCAUAAGGGUAAAUACCUUUUCAGGUAUCAAUAGGCCUUGUGGAAUAAUAGAAAAUCAUUUUUGUCCUAUUUUUGUUUUUAGUGUUUAUUUAUAAUUUAUUUAUUAUUUUAUUAUAAAACGGUUUUUCUGAUUGAACCACGGUUAAACCAGUUAGACCAAUAAACUAGUGAAUCAAUAACAAGCGGUUUGAUGAUCGGUCCGGUUUUCAGCUUGGUUAUAUCCAAAGCUACUUUCACCCAGAGAAAUGAUUUCUCCAACAUAUUGCUGCUUCUUGGAUCCUCUGUUUCCAUUGUUAUUCCCAUCUUGGCUCCAAUGAUUUUUGCAGUGUUAUUGUUGAGAUAUGCCUGUGGAAACCCAUGCAUAUGCACCCAUAACUCUAUUCUAUCAUGGUUUACUUCAUGUAUGGACUCCCUCUGGUUACACAUCUGCAAGUUAACUAGCUGCCCUCUUAUACUCCAUGGUCCUCCCUUCAAUAUUUGAAGCCCUUUCCUCUGAUCUUUGAAGCUGAUAAGGACCUUGUUCCUUCCUACCUCCGAAAUAACAACUGCUUAUGGAUUUUCCCAUAACCCCAUAAUAGCAUUCCUUAUCACCUUGAAACUUAGUUCCUUAUCCGAUAUCAUCUUGCCCACCAAGUUGAAGCAGUCAGAUUUGUGUUCCUCUUCUAUUCUCUGGUUGAUUGCAAUCACUUUUCCUUUUAUUGGUUCCAAACCAAAGGUUGGUUUUGCUGAAAGAGAUGAUAUCAGAGUACGGGAUCCACUAGAACCUUACGUUCUAAGAAGCUCUCCUAAUGAGAGAACUCGCUCUCCUGCUGAGUGAGGGUCAUGCGUUAGGACUUAGGACCUUCUUGUUUAUUUGAAUGUGGUCAAAUGAAUGUAAUAAGAUGAUUUGGAUCUUGGAAUAAGGUGAGCGAGUGAGUGGAAUUUUUUUUGGUGUAGUAAACGGGGCCUAGGCCCAAGAAAAGGAUUAGACAGUAAUAUUUGAGUGAGUGGAAUAAUAUGGUUUGCGAGAGUAAAGUGAACAUUAAAAGCCCAACUUAAUUGUAUGGGCCAAGCCCAAGAAAAGUCAACAUUCCUUAACACUACAGCUUCGAAUUUCGAUCCAUUGGAUCCCGGAGUGGCAGUGUUCUCCUCCAUGGAUCGCCGGAAAAAGAGAGAGAAAACGACGGUAACUAAACCCUCAACGGUAGAUGCCCCCUUGCCACCGAAAAUCUCACCUUCAGAGGCAUUCAUCGUCACACUUUCUUCCGUUUUGGGGUUAGGUUUAGCGUUCUAUGUAGCUAAUAGUGGCUUCUCUAUAGACCUCGUCACUGAUCCUUCUCGCACCAUCUUCUUCAUCUGGCUUGUGGAGCUUCCAAUUGUGAUCCUUCUCUACAGUCGCUAUCGACAGAAUCCCCGGCAGUGCAUGUACCUGCGAGCCGUUGGACGUGGCUUGCUAGCAGUUCCAAUAGGGGCGCUACUAAAUUGUUUAGGAGCUAUUGCUUUGGGGGCACCUGUCACAUUUCAGUUUCUCCCAAAGACUGUAAAUUGGUCUCUUAUGAUGUCAUUGUUCACAACAGUUCCAGCAUCAUGUGUUCUUGGUUCAUCAUGGGCUCAUUGGAAGCGGAUCUUUGCACAAACACAGCCAAAUGGAUCUGUAGAGUAUUUGAUUUGUUUGCCAGCUCAUGGAGCAGUUAUUGGGGGCUGGUUUGGGGCUUGGCCAAUGCCACUUGACUGGGAGAGGCCAUGGCAGGAAUGGCCUAUUUGUGUGAGCUAUGGAGCAAUAGGUGGCUACAUGGUGGGAUUGGUAGCAUCAUGUGUCUUUGUUCUUGCUCAUGCUAGAUCGCAGCAUGUCAAACAAACGUGAAGUCCCGAUUGGCCACAGGAAAUUUUGAUUCAUCUUCUGAAUGAAAAAUGGAAAAAUUAACUAGUAUUGGUUCAAAUGCAAGUUAAGCGCAAGGAAAAAAUGUUUGUCCCCUAACAUUUCUAGUUUUUUUUUUUUUGGUUGAAUUUAAUGUAUUUUUCUAAUUGAAAUCAUGUACACAUGUGGACAAUUUCUUGUGCAAGUUUGUUCUUGGAUAUUUGG